CUGUCAGUCAUUGUCACAAAAUUUUUCUAAUUUUAUUAACUAUAUUUUUCAAGACAAUAUAAUUUUAUUUAUAACAUCCAAUUAUUUAUUUGACAAAGAUAUAUGUCCUGAUUAUGGUUUGUGAUGUGCUGUAGGAAAAAAAGUUUAGACAGCGAAGAGUUUUCAAAUAAUGGCUCGCAAAUUUUACUUUUACGCAAGACAUUAGGCACUGCUGAUAUAACGAUGCAAUACAAUAAUAAUGCUAAUUUAGAACCCAUCGGCGAUGCUAAUCAUGAAGAAAGACAGUUACAGGGUCGAUUUCUUAGAAUAUUGAGCUUAACAUCUGUUCAAGCAGGCGAUGUAACAUACCUAUAUGUUAACAAUGAUUUUUCGGAUCAGCCACCUUCUGUUUCAUUGUUUGAAGAUGAUGUUGAUGAUGAAUAUUCAUCAGCUGGAAAAAAUCAAAACCUAAUUCAAGGGUAUCACAAUAUGUUUCCGAAAAUCGUAAAAAGUAAGAUCUCAGAUCAAUCUUCUACGGAACAUGUGUACAUUGAAGAUAUAGUUACAAAAGUACAUUUACCAUCUGAAGAAUUUGCUGUAAUUGAGACAAUCAAAUCGACAGAAAAGUUUUGGAAUAGAAUUUGGAGUUGGAUUAGAAAAAAAAUAUUUUGUGGAUAGUCUUUUAUACAGAGUAUACCAAAAAGUUUACUAUAAAUGGAAAACAUUAUUGAGUUAUUUCAUUUUCAUAUUUGUGUCGAACUUUUUGUCAUACAUUGUACCUACUGUGGUUUAUGUUUAUUUAUUAUAAAUAAUAUAUAUCAAACAUUAAA